GCUUGAGUCUUGUUAAAGUUAAUUCCAAAUCAUAUUUUAUUAAGAUAAAAGAUCUUUACAGGAAAAACUCGGUAAAGAAUACAUCUGAAUACGAAGGAAAUAUGGCGUCUAAUGGAGGAAAUGAAACCUACUCCAACCCGUACACAUCUCCGAUACCUGACUCUCCGUUAUCCAUCCCAAACCUUUGUUCUUCUCCCAAUGCAGAUAUUGAGCUCAAACCUCUCCCCUUCUACAGUGUACUCUCUGUCUUACUUAAACCAUUCUGUUUAAGCCCGAAGGGAAAUCAGCGGUUUCAGGAGCGCAUUGUACAGUUUAAUCUCACCUCUUCUCAAGCUGCUGAGAUUUCUUGUUCAGGGUACAGAACUGCGAAUGGAAGACUAGAGUAUAGAAAGCAAAUACAGUUGAGAUUUGCUCUUGUGGAUACUACAUCACCACAGGAGGAUAGAUUUCCUAGUUCAAUAUCCUUGAAGGUUAACUCUAGACUGUGUCCUCUACCUCCUAUUUUACCUGCCACUAAAUCCGGGGUAGAACCUUCCAGAGAACCUAAACCUAUCAAUAUAACCAACCUGUGUAAGCUGUGUACCUCUAUGAACUCUGUGAGUAUCACCUGGACAGUGGAGGUUGGGAAGUCCCACGCUGUCUCUAUAUACCUUGUGGAAAAUGUUACUACCGACGAUCUAUUAAACAGAUUGUUAGAGAAAGGAGAACGAAAUCCCGAUGAAACAGUAGCCUUGAUCAAAGAAAAACUGGAAGAUCAGGACCAAGAGAUCGCCACAACCUCGUGUAAAGUAUCGCUAGCGUGUCCGCUAGGCCGGAUGCGGAUGAAGAUCCCGUGCCGUGCAACCACGUGUAAUCAUCUGCAAACGUUUGAUGCGGGUUUGUAUCUACUGAUGAAUGAAAAGAAACCAAAGUGGGUGUGUCCUGUAUGUAAUAAACCAGCUCUGUGUAAAGAUCUUAUUAUUGAUGGAUUCUUCAGAAAACUUGUUACGAGUGACCGGUUGCCUGCUGAUGAGCAUGAGAUAGUUCUGCACAAUGAUGGAACCUGGGAUCCUCUACCUCCACGGAAGGAUGAAUGUACAGUACUUGCUCCGACAAUAAGCAAAUCUCAGGACAUAUUUUCCGUGGAGGAUACUGGUAAAAAGACAGAGACUCAUAUGAACGGAGAUUCUGAAAAAACAGAUCCAAAGAACUGGGAAGCUUUUAAGAACGGUCAGACCAACGGGCAAACAAACGGUGUGACUGAGACAUUUGAAAAUGAAAACGGGACCGGGUCGGGUGAAAGUACUAAAGUGAUAAAUGGUAAAAUGGCGGAGGGGGUCGGACAGAAAAGAGAAUUUGAGGAUAUUGACUGUAUUACAAUAGACUCAGACGAUGAAACAGAUUCAUCAGACAAGGCGGUUGGUCAGCAGUUUGGGAAAAAAGCUAAAACAACAGAUGGUUCAGAUUCUCCGGAAGUAAUCAUUAUUUUGGACUAAAUCCGGAAGUAAUUAGUACCCUGAUCUAAAUCCGGAAGUUAUCAUUAUCCUGGCCUAAAUCCGAAAGUUAUCAUUAUCCGGGACUGAAUCCGAAAGUUAUCAUUAUCCGGGACUGAAUCCGGAAUUAAUCAUUAUCCUGGCCUAAACCCGGAAGUUAUCAUUAUCCAGGACUGAAUCCGGAAGUUAUCAUUAUCCUAGACU